AUGGAGGGUAUUGACAUAUCUAAGUUACCUCUCGAAGUAAGAGAAAAGCUUGCAGAGCUUGAUUUAGAGCUUAGUGAAGGAGAUAUAACUCAAAAAGGUUAUGACAAGAAGAAGUCUUUGUUACUUGUGCAAUUCGUACCCGGAGGGAAGAAUGGAUUAUGUAAAAUGCAAGCCAGUCCUAGCACCAAAGCGAAUCGUCGUCACCAGCGUCGUUUAACGAGGGAUGAAGGACGGUUUCAUUCAGAAAUAAGAGCUGAAGCUGUGCAGGCAGCAUUAGCAGAGUAUUCACAAGGAAAAAAGGAAAAGCCAGCAUGUCUUCAAGCAAUAAAGAGAACUGCGGAACCAAGAGAGCGUAAUACAAAGCUAUCAGAUUCCUCAUCCGAUGAAGAUGAUGAUAGUCAGUUUGGUUCAUCAGGGCGAGGUACGCGGGACCGAAAAAAGAAUGAAGGAAAAUCACAAAUUAUCAACCCUCCGGAUGUUACUGGUGGAGCUGCUGUAGAAGCCAUGUUGAAACGUGUUCGUGAACAGCAUGAAAAAAACAUUCAGAUGCAAAGAGAACAUGAAGUGGCUUUGAGAUUGAAUCAAUUAUCAGUAGAUGAACAACCACGGACAUGUGAAACAAGUAGGAAAGACAAUGAAACAACUGAUUCUAUGAGUCCCACUUCUCUAACAAUCGAAGAUGCUGUUUAUGUGAAUACAAUAAUACCACCUAAGGAAGAAUUUUCCAAUCAGCAAGACUAUCAGAAUGCUGUUUUACCUGUUCGUCAACCUGCCAAAGUGUCAUUGAAAAUCCAGCAAGUGCUUAACAACUUACAGAGGCCUAAAGACAAGCCUUUGCAUGAGUUUUACAACGACGACGAUGCUGAACUCGAAGCUAUUGCUAAGAUGACUGAUCCUUCCGCUCCUCGACCUGAAGGAAUGAUUAUGACACCAGUGCGAGGGGAGAGCGCAGCUGCUACUAGUCAAACUUUACCUAGAAGUAUCGACAGUGCUCUUCAUCGCUUUGGAACAACAUGCGCCAAAAGCGUUUUCGGGAUGGUGUUAGAUCAGGCAGGAAGACCAACAGAGCAAUUAACGUACGGAAAAUUACUAAGCAGAGCUAACAAAAUAGGCCACAUGCUCCUCAACCGAACUAUCACUAUUGGCAAAGAAAACGGAAAAGUGCCGAUGUGCAAGCCUGGAGACAGAGUGGCGUUGAUCUAUCCGAAUACCGAACCAUUGGCGUUCAUAACUGCCUUUUAUGGUUGUCUCCUGGCUGGUGUUGUCCCUGUUCCGAUGGAAGUACCUCUUACAAAACGUGAUGCUGGUAUUCAACAACCAGGAUUCCUAUUAGGAUCGUGUGGAGUCAAGGUUGCUUUAACCUCUGAAGCUUGUUAUAAGGGCCUGCCCAAAACUGCUUCCACCCCCUCUGCUCCCUCUUCAACUCCUUCUGGAUCUAAUAGUUUAACGGGUCAGGGGCAUGAAGUUGUUGAUUUUAAAGGAUGGCCUCGCUUGUACUGGGUAACUACUGAACACUUGAACAAACCAUCCAGAGAUUGGGAUACAACACCGCGGGUAGCAGAUGAGAGCGUUGCUUAUGUUGAGUAUUCUACUGACAGAGAUGGAGCUGUGAAGGGAGUUUGUGUCUCCCGGCAGUCUAUGCUCGCUCACUGUAGAGCAAUCACAACAGCAAUGGAAUACCAAGAAGGAGAUACAAUGAUGUGUGUUGUUGACUUUAAAAGAGAAGUAGGGCUCUGGCACGCUGUGCUAACGAGUGUUUUCAAUGGGAUGAGAGUUGUUUUUGUUCCUUAUUCUCUUAUGAAGAUCAGUCCCGCUAGUUGGAUGUUAACCGCUACAAAGCUCAAAGCAACCAUUGGAAUAGUGAAGUCUAGAGAUCUUCAUUGGGGAUUAUUAGCAACAAGAGACCACAAAGACGUAGACUUAACAUCUCUUCGUUCACUUGUCGUUGCCGACGGAGCGAACCCCUGGUCACUGUCAUCCUGUGAUCAGUUUUCCGCCAAGUUUUCCGAGUAUGGUCUCCGUUCCGGAGCUAUGUGUCCGUGCGCUGGUAGUAGUGAAACCGGAACAAUCUCUCUAAGAAGAAGAACAACUGUUGGAGUUAGUAGUAGCGGUCGUGGAGUCCUAUCAAUGUCAGCUCUCAGUCACUCAGUAGUGCGAGUUGAUUCAGAGAGUUCUUUAACCAGCUUGGUACUUCAGGAUGCCGGACAAGUUAUUCCAGGAGGUGUUGUUGUUGUUGUGAAGCAACAGGGAUUACCACGGUUAUGCAGGGCUGAUGAGGUUGGAGAGAUAUGUCUGUUUGCUCACUCAACUAGCCAAGCAUAUUGGGGUCUUGACGGAAUGUCUGUUUCCACAUUUCGGGUAGAACCAUUGGGGGCUGAUGAUCGUCCUCUGGGACCGAUGCAUUAUGUCCGAAGUGGACUAAUUGGUUUCACUGGACCUGAUGGACUUGUAUUUGUUGUCGGACGCAAAGAUUCUCAGCUCACCGUAUCUGGGCGACAACAUUCUGCUGAUGACAUAAUCGCCACUGUGUUAGCUGUUGAGCCAAUGAAGUUUGUACAUCGGGGUCGUAUAGCAGUCUUCUCCAUUAAUGUUUUACGUGACGAACGGAUUGUUAUUGUCGCGGAGCAGAAACCAGGAACAUCUGAAGACGAUGCUUUCCUCUGGAUAUCACGUGUUUUACAAGCCACCGACACAAUACAUCAAGUCGGAAUAUACUGUCUGGCUCUUGUUCCAGCCAAUCAACUUCCAAAGACCCCUCUUGGAGGAAUCCAUGUCUCGGAAACGAGACAAAAGUUCCAAAAUGGUGAUCUUCAUCCGUGCAAUCUUAUGAUGGCUCCGCACACUUGUGUUUUGAAUCUACCCAAGCCUCGUGAAAGACAAUCAGAUGUUGGCCCGGCAGCUAUAUUCGUUGGUAACAUCGUACAAGGAGUUAGAAUUGCUGGUGCUCAAGGUAGAAGCUUAGGUCCAGAAGAAGACGUGCCAUUCAGUCUUAUUGAUGUACUCAGAGCUCGAGCCAUGAGUGCUCCAGAUCAUCGCCUGUUCACUCUAGUCACAAGUAAGAAUCAAGAACAAGAUUUUGCUACAUGUGGAAGUCUGCUCAAACGAGCCGAAAGAAUUGCUGCUUUGUUGACGGACAGAGCUCGUCUAAAUCCAGGCGACCAUGUGGCGUUAAUCUUCCCCCCUGGGUUAGAAUUAAUUUCUGCUUUUUAUGGUUGCUUAGCCGCAGGUGUUGUUCCUGUAUGUAUCCGACCACCAUCGCAUUCUUCUUUACAAUCUACUCUCCCAACAGUUCGAAUGAUUGUGGAUGUCAGCAAGUCUGUUGCUAUUCUGUCAAACAGCACAAUAAGCAAACUUCUCAAAAGCAAAGAAGCAGCACAUAGAGUUGAUGCGAAAGCUUGGCCUAUGAUUCUUGAUAUUGAAGAUUCACCUUCUUCAUGGAAAAGAAAGACAAAUGCUGAGCAACCAGAACCCCGUCCCACAGAUGUUUGUUAUCUGGAUUUUUCCGUAAGUACCACCGGCCAACUUGCCGGAGUUGUUGUCAGCGUCGCUGGUGCAGCUGCGCUUUGCAAAAGCUUGAAGGUUGCAUGUGAACUUUAUCCCUCUCGCCAUGUUGUUCUAUGCCUUGAUCCUUACUCAGGUCUCGGUUUCGCUUUGUGGUGUCUGUCUAGUGUUUCUUCUGGGCAUCACACAACACUUAUCCCUCCAGCAGAAGUAGAAACACAGCCGUCCUUAUGGCUUUCCACCGUUUCUCAAGUCAAAGCUCGUGACACUUUCACCACUAAUGCUAUUAUGGAAAUGUGUAUUAGAGAGCUGGGAACAACUGUGUCACAACUCAAGGAUAAGCAAGUUAAUCUUUCAUGCUUGAGAACUUGCGUUGUUGUAGCAGAGGAUAGGCCGAGAACAUCUUUAGUAGCCGCCUUCUCAAGGAUUUUCGCUCCUCUAGGGCUCUCUCCUAGAGCAGUUUCCACUUCGUUUGGUUGUAGAGUGAAUCCAGCAAUUUGCAUGCAGGGAGCUGCGGGUCCUGACCCUGCCACUGUCUACAUAGAUGCUCGAGCUUUACGUAAUGACCGUGUUACUCUUGUUGGCAAAGGUGCUCCUCAUAGCUUGUCUUUGUUGGAAAGCGGCAAGAUUAUGCCUGGUGUGAAGAUAGUCAUUGCGAAUCCCGAAACCCGUGGGCAGUGUGCAGAUUCUCACUUAGGUGAAAUCUGGGUGUCAUCUCCUCAUAGCUCUGUCAACUAUUUCACUGUAUAUGGAGAAGAAACUAACAUGCAUAAUGAUCACUUCAAUGCUCGAUUGACUACUGGUGAUACAAGAACUCGAUAUGCACGAACAGGAUAUCUAGGUUUCCUCCGACAAACGCAGUCAAUAACUGAAGAUGGAGAGCUUCAUGACGCUGUAUUUGUUGUUGGUGCUCUUGAAGAAACAUUGAUGUUACGUGGAAUGCGAUACCAUCCUGUCGACAUUGAAAAUUCUGUGACCAGAUGUCAUAGACUUGUAGGAGAAUGCGCUGUUUUUACAUGGACUCAUUUGCUAGUUGUUGUAGCUGAAUGUGCUGGGAAUGAAUCAGAAGCUUUAGACAUGGUUCCUGCCAUAACUUCUGCGGUAUUGGAAGAACAUCAUUUGAUCGUCGGAGUUGUUGUUAUAGUUGAUCCUAAAACAAUUCCGAUCAAUGCUAAAGGAGAAAAACAGCGGAAUCAACUUCGAGAGCAUUUCUUGCAUGACCAGCUCAAUCCUAUAUAUGUUGCGUACAACAGUUAA